AUGGCAAGCUCUUUAUUAGAAAAGGAUAAUAUUGGUAAAAACGUCAAUAUGAGUGGAAAUAGCCCCAGUUUAAAGAAAAAGAGUAAAAGAAGACAAAGUUCAUCAUUAAAGUUAAACGAUAAUGAGCUGAAAAAACAAGAAAUUUUUAAAGAAGAAUGUUACCCAGUGAAAAGUGCCAUGAUGAGUAGUGAUGAGGAAGAUAUUACUGAAGAACAGCUAAGAGAAGAUGAAAUAGAGCUAGAAAAUUUUGACUAUUUUAAGGUCUUUAAAAUCCCUCUUAUGCUAUUUAUCCUCUCAUUCAUUAGUGUAUUAUUUGUGAGCAUAUUUGGAGAAGAAUAUAUAAGAAAUGAGAAAACAAACGGAAUAUAUAUGAUUGAUGCGAAUUAUGGGUCUUAUAUUUGGAAUUUUUCAGGAUUUUCUGCAGAAAAACAGAUAGACAAAGUGAGAAUUGAAGAUAUUCAGGUUGCUAUUCAAAUGCUAUUAAUGUAUGUUGAUAAUAACCUCAAUCAAACAAAGCUUGCAUUAGGUGGAUUAGAAUCGAGGCUAAGUAAAAGUAUUGCAGAGAGCAGAGAUACCUUAAAAGAUUUAAGUAACCAAAUAGAUGAAGUAGAACGGGAAUUUUCCUAUAGAACGGACUAUUUGGAGAAAAUGAUUUCCGAAUCCAGGCUUAAAAAUAUAUGA